AACCCAGAACAGCUCCCAGAUCCCAGAACCCAGCGAGGGGAAGCAGCAACACCCCUUUCAGUCAGAUCAAACCAAAUCGGCAACGUCCUCGUAAAAGCGUACAACUAUACCAUUGUACUAUUGUAACCGUGCUGGAGAAGUGAACCUGCACUGUCGGAAAGCCGUUCCGCCAAGAUCCACAGCGCCAAGAUCCAAUGCACCAGCAAGACAAGAUAGAUAUCCGCCUCAUCCUCUGCAUCAUGACUCCGUUGUUGUGAUAGUAGGAGUCGUCAUACUGCCAACUCUUUGCAAAUCCUCUUCGCUCCAUUGCCCAAGAUCGGCUCGACUCGACUUCUUGGGCAAAUUGCCAGUGCUUUCCUCUUUGGCCGGUUCGAUGACGACCAAUGCCCCCGUCCCUCUGGAGACUGGUGGCAAGGUCGACAUCCAAUCCUCACAAAAUCAAAUUCGACAAAAGAUAUACCUCGCCUGAAAAACUUGAAACGAAAACAGACAAUCAAAUCACGCAAUGAAAUUCGUUUCUCCUCUUUCAGUCUUCUUUCUCUCUUCUUCUUCCUCCAUCUCUGUGGUUAGUGGCCAUGGAUACCUCAAGACGCCCCGCAGCCGUAACUAUGUUGCUAAGCAAGAUGGGGUGAGCUGGGGUGGUUCCAACACUGACCCCGCUCCAGAGUUUUGCCCACAGUGCCUUAACCGCGGUGGGAUUGUAGCCGCAUGUGGUAAGAUUGGCGAUCACAACUACGACUACCCGCCAAAUGCCAUUGGAGGUGUCCUUCCUCCCAAUGUGCAAAUGGUGGCAAAGAAAGGGGGCAGUAUUGACGUCGACGUUGUCCUGACCGCUCACCACAAGGGCCAUUUCAGCUUUUACGCGUGUCCUAUGGUUGGGGGUGAAGUGCCAACAGAGGACUGCUUUAAGUCUAACCCGCUGGAAUUUGAAGAGGAUCUGUUGUAUGGUGCUUUGCAGGAUCCAUCCCACAAAGACAGGGCAUAUAUUCCUCCUUUGACAUAUGAUGGCAUCAUCGACGAUACUGAAAGUGCUGUGCCGGGUACCUUGUAUUCCUACAAAAUGAAACUUCCACCUUCAAUCGAAGGUGACUUGGUGCUCUUGCAGUGGCAUUACUUGAGCGCAAAUUCCUGCGUCCAUGAAGGGUAUGGAGACUAUGCCUUUCCAAGUGCGUGGGGAGACCUUGGCUAUGAACAACUGCCGCUUUGUGGCCCCUUACCGGCGGACGGAGAUGGCGUGCCCGAGAUGUUCUGGAACUGUGCUGAAAUCCGAGUGGAAGGGGAAGAGGGGGCUCCGACCACGCUCCCUGCCCCAGCACCCGCUCCUACCACGUUUGUACCAGCCCCAGUACCGGCCCCAACCACUUCUUCGCCGUUGCCCCCUCCUAGUGUGCUUCCUUCAGAAGGCAACACUCGCAUGAUUGCUUACCUUGGAAAUUGGCAAGCUUGCCCAACUGCUGCCCAGUUGGCUCAGUACACCCACAUUGUCAUUGCUUUUGCUGUGUCAUAUACAUGGGCACCCAACAAAAACCAAUGCAGUCCCACUUGUGAGAUUGCAACCCCUCCAAUUUGCAACAAUGCUGCCAAUCCUUCUCUACUCAACGACCUCAGAGCUCAAGGCAAAAAGAUCAUUGUCAGCUUUGGAGGCGCUGGAAUGGGCGGCUCCUGGGCUGGAGAUCAGAAUGACUGCUGGGAGUACUGCUAUGGAAGAGAGUCUAAUGUUGUAGCUCAGUUGACAUCCAUUGUCGAUGACCUUGGUGCUGAUGGAGUUGAUAUUGAUUAUGAAUACUUUUAUGAGGACAACCAGAAUGGAUCAGGUUUUAGCAAGGGUACACAAGCUCAGAACUUUUUGACGCAAGUGACUGUUGGCCUCCGAAAUUCUCUUGCGCCUAAUGCCAUUGUCACCCAUGCCCCGAUGGAUGUAGACAUGGAACCAAAUACCAUGUACUACCAGCUCCUCAAGGAUAUCUCCUUCACCCUGGAUUUCUUGAUGCCACAGUAUUACAAUGGCGUAACCCGCCCAGUUGUUGAUGGCAUUGAUGGCACUGGAGCUGGUAGCUCGUCAGCUUUAGUGCACUACAGCACCCUUGUGGACGAUUUGUUCAAUGGGGAUGCCACUCGAAUGAUAUUUGGCUUUUGCAUCAGCGAUUGCAGCGGGACUGGCAGCAAUGCUGAUGCCAACCAGGCAGCUGAACUCAUUACGUCUCUUGCACAGCACUACAGUUGCAACGGAGGGGCCUUCUUUUGGGUCGCUGAAGCAGAUCGGGAAGGUUCUUGGUCUUCAGUUGUCAACCAAGUCAUGAUUUCAUCGUCGACUUGCUCGGCUUCGACAGACUCUCCUACUCCCAUCCCUCCUUCUACUCCCAAUCCAACUUCGAGGACACAAGGAACCCCCACUCCCACUCCAACUCCCACCACACAAGGAACAUCAGCCCCCAGCACCAGCGCGUCAACACUACUCCCCACAAAUUCUGCUACCGGUGAUCUUGUUGUCUCCUCUGGCUCUCGCUGUGGUGUCAGCGAACUAGCAGCGAGAGCCAAUUGUGGUUCGGAAUGUUCGUCCAACACCGACUGUGCAGCCAACGAAUAUUGUUGGAAUGUACAAGCAAACUUAUGCGGCAACCGCCCAGGCUUUCGACUCUGUGAUGACUUGCCAGGAAAGGCUAACGGAAACGCUCGUUGCGGUUCAAACGAACUUCUUGCUCGAGAGACUUGCGGUGAUUCUUGUUCCACAAACGAGGACUGCCACGGACCGGGUGAAUACUGCUUUGCAACUCAUUUGAACUCUUGUGAUUGUGUGGCCGAAUUUGGAGAUGGUCAACGUCGGCGCCUGUUGCGCGGAGCUUUCUCCUCUAGCUAGAAGACUUAUUAAUGGCUGCUUCGUGGCAACGUACUAUGACUAUGUACUAGAUCUUGCUAAAGAUACCUCUUAGCAAGAUACCUCGCCU